UCGCCGACACACGUAUUCAUACUCUCUCUCUCUCUAUUCCAUAAGCUUCGAAUCUCACUCUCUGUCCUUUUCUUAAUGUCGAUGUCUCUGACCACUUGUCUUGAUCUCAGCCUCAACCUCUUCUUCAUCUUCUUCUUUGGCAGCAGGACCAUGCUGCUCGGUUGUUCUUGCCUGCGCUCGGCCACUCCUAAAUCCAACCUUUGAUCGAACCGCCCGUGGACACGCUACUCGAACAACGAUGGCUAAUCAACACGCUGCUCUUCCUGUAUCUCUGACUCGCCAACUCCCUGAGUUUGUGUUAAUUACGCUGAUCUUUGCUGCUCUGCCUCUUGUUCGAGGCGCUACUGACCCUUCUGAGGUUCAACCUCUUCAGGUUCUGUAUGCCGCGUUAAACAGUCCUUCUCAGCUAACUAAUUGGAAAAGUAGCGGCGGUGAUCCGUGCAGCGAGUCAUGGAAAGGGAUAACUUGUGAGGGCUCAGCUGUUGUUUCUAUCGAGAUAUCUGAAUUGGGACUCAAUGGAACAAUGGGAUACUUGCUUUCGGAUCUUAAGUCAUUGAGAAAACUUGAUCUGAGUGACAACAGCAUUCAUGAUACGAUCCCAUAUCAGUUACCGCCAAAUCUUACAAGCAUAAAUCUUGCAGGCAACAACUUAAGUGGGAAUCUUCCUUAUUCCUUUUCUAGUAUGGUUUCUCUAAGUUAUUUGAACGUUAGCCGUAAUUCGCUUUCCCAGUCAAUUGGAGACAAUUUUGCUAAUCUUGCUGGCCUUGCAACCUUGGAUCUCUCUUUCAACAACUUUUCUGGAGAUCUUCCUAGUUCCUUGAGUUCACUGGCCAAUCUCUCUUCUCUAUAUCUGCAGAACAAUCAAUUGAGUGGUUCUCUUAAUGUUCUUACGAGCUUGCCUUUGACUUCUCUCAAUGUUGCAAACAACCAUUUCAGUGGAUGGCUACCUCCAGAACUUAAAGCGAUCCCUAAUUUUUUAUAUGGUGGAAAUUCAUUUGACAAUGGUCCUGCCCCCCCUCCGCCACCAUAUACGCCACCUCCUCCAGGUGGAUCAAUUACUAAUCGCACUCAUACUGGGUCAGAUGCACCUACCACACGAGGUUCUAAUGGUGAAUCAUCCCAUUCUAAUAAGGGGUUGACAGUUGGGGCUAUAGUUGGCAUAAUCCUGGGUUCCAUAGUCAUUGCUUUAGUUCUGCUACUACUUCUUGCCUUUUGCAUUCGAAAAAAUAAACGGAAGGACGCCGGUGCUAGAACUCCCAGGGGUAGUCUCUCGGUUGGAAGAAGUAAUGUAAAUACUGAGGUGCAAGAGCAGAGACUAAAAAGCACGGCUGCUGUUACAGAUCUGAAGCCCCCACCUGCAGAAAAUCUGAUGGUUGAGAGGCUACAAGAGAAAAACGGAUCUGUGGAGAGAAUAAAGUCACCCAUCACUGCUACAUCAUAUACUGUUGCCUCUCUCCAAAUGGCAACGAAUAGCUUUAGUCAAGAAUUUCUAGUUGGCGAAGGUUCCCUUGGUCGUGUUUACAAAGCAGAGUUCCCUAAUGGAAAGGUAAUGGCCAUUAAGAAGAUCGAUAGUGCAGCAAUUUCAUUACAGGAGGAAGAUAAUUUUCUUGAAGCUGUUUCAAAUAUUUCACGCUUGAGGCACCCAAGCAUUGUCACACUGGCUGGAUAUUGUGCAGAACAUGGACAGCGUCUUCUAGUUUAUGAGUAUAUAGGAAAUGGGAAUCUGCAUGACAUGCUCCAUUUCGCUGAAGAUAGCAGCAGGACCCUGACUUGGAAUGCCCGUGUUAGGGUAGCACUUGGCACUGCUCGAGCCUUAGAGUACUUGCAUGAAGUUUGCCUGCCAUCUGUUGUACAUAGAAACUUCAAGUCGGCAAACAUUUUACUUGAUGAAGAGCUUAAUCCCCAUUUGUCAGACUGUGGUUUGGCUGCUCCAAAUCCAAACACAGAGAGGCAGGUCUCAACUCAGAUGGUAGGUUCAUUUGGUUAUAGCGCACCUGAAUUUGCAUUGUCAGGGAUAUACACUGUAAAAAGUGAUGUGUACAGUUUUGGAGUGGUGAUGUUGGAGCUUUUGACUGGCAGAAAGCCACUGGACAGUUCAAGAGUGAGAUCAGAACAAUCACUUGUAAGAUGGGCUACUCCCCAACUCCACGAUAUAGAUGCCUUAGCAAAAAUGGUUGAUCCUGCCCUAGAUGGCAUAUAUCCUGCAAAGUCUCUCUCACGCUUUGCUGAUAUCAUUGCCCUCUGUGUUCAGCCGGAACCUGAGUUUCGGCCUCCCAUGUCUGAGGUUGUGCAAGCAUUGGUGAGGUUAGUGCAAAGGGCAAGUGUGGUCAGAAGGCGUUCGAGUGAUGAAUCUGGUUUUGCAUACAAGAUACCCGAGCUUGAGGCCAUCGACAUGCCGUUAUAAAAAUGGUGCGGCUGUUUUGGGCUUACAAACAGCGUUGAAGUUUUGUAUGAAGAUCAGAUCGGAUGUGUAAUUAUUUCCCCCCAAGCAUUUCUUUUAUCUCAAUUGAAGACUAUAUUUUGCAAAUUAAGAGUGUAUAUUUAGCUGGAAA